UAACCUGUGUGUGAGAAAACUUGUUUGAACUUAAAAAGUAGAGAGUUGGGUUUAUAAUUUUGGAGUUAGAUGAAGGUGGGAACCUUUUUUUCACAUAGCAGUGUCACAUUUGCUUUGACAUCUCUUGAUGUGCCUGGAUUUUUUUUUUUUUUUACUUGCUUAUGCUUGGAGAAGCUUUAUUUUACCUUUCUGUCAGGGAAAGCUUAACAAAUCUCAACUCAGGAACAACUUUGAUGGUUUUUUUCCUAUUUAUAUUUAAAUGAAGUGAAUGAAGUCUCAGAAUCCUUUCCAAAGCAAAAUGUGUCAGCCAGGACUGUCUCAAACAUGACAUUCCUCUUUUCUUUGCCAGGCAGGAAUGCAGUGACAAGUUUUAAUCUCACUAGAACUGUUGGCCCUCGUUCAGAAGCGAUUUAUACGUAAAGGGAGAAUGGGUUUGCUGCAUCCAUGCUUGCUGAAGUUUAGGACCAACUCCUUUGCUACCUGAGACCUGUAGAGAGACAUAAACCCACCCAAGAUAAUAAUACCAGUGGAGUCAUGAGACUGCAGAGCCAACUCAUCUGAUCUGGUGAUGGUUGAUGAGGCUGUAAAAUGUGACAGGAGCAGGCAGGAGAUUUCUGGAUGAGGCCUGCGGAACCUUCUCAAGGUGGUGAGGCUGUUCCUGUGCCACUGAGGAGGCCUGAAGCCUCAACACAUCCCUGCACAGUUUACACAGCCUGCAGGUGCAAUGGCCACAGUGGCUUUCCUGGAUGCAGCACUAGUUCAGCUCUGCUUCCCUCCGAGCACAGCCGCUCUCCUGUGGGCCAACACUGUCAUCAUGCACGUCACCAGGCCCAAAUCUGCCAAGGGAUGCAGAAGGCCAAGCUUCAGCCACCCUCAGGAUGUGGAAGCCUGUCCAUGCCAAGUGCCUUCUUCCCCACCGGCAGCCUCUCCUCGGGGAUUAGUGAGCAGCCAGAGAGCACCACUCACAAAACUGGGGUUCCCACCCACUCAGGUGUCUCCUGAGGAAAUCCCGGAGCUCCUGCAGCAAGUGCCUCUGAAGACCUCCUCUUCCCUGAACAAGUACCGGGUGCUCCCCUCCAUCGGCUGGAAGGGCGUAGGGAGCAAUGCCAUGGAAGCGCUGGUUCAACAGACCGACCGGCUGGAAGUGAGUGAGGGGCAGAAGGACACUCUGAAAUUCAGCAAAACUCUGUCUGGAGAACAGGGAUCUGGCAGUACAUUGUCAGGAAGCGAUGUUCCCGCUGAGGAGAGCUCCCACAUGCACUGUCCCCCUGAGAAGCGGGGAAGGAAAAUGAGGCAGGAGAGCCCUUCCAUGUCCCCUCUAAGCGUAGAAGAGCCCCACGUGCUGCUCGCGGUCCGGUCUCCCUCUGGCCAGAGGUUUGAGCACCACUUCAAACCCUCUGACAGUCUCCUGACAGUCCUUGCCAUGGCAGGACAGAAAUUGUUGGCCAACUACCAACACUGCAGCAUUGAAACGAUGGAAGUGCCCCGGAGGAGCUUCUCUGACCUUACAAAGUCCCUCCACGAAUGUGGGAUCCUCCACAAGUCUGUGCUGUGCAUUCGACAGGACAAGCAGCAUGAUGCAGCAGAUCUUUAGGCACACAGAGAUGGGUCGUUCUGCUGAGUGGGAUGCGUUGCUUCUUCCAAAAAAACUGAGUCUGAUGUUUCCUGGGCCUACUCUUGCCAUCUUUCACAAGUUCCCAUGAAGCAGUUAUGGAUGUUGAGAAAUAGUAUUUCAGGUGUAUAAACCUGCAUCAUAAAGAGCAGCUUGUUUCACCUGUGCCAUCACAAAUUGCUUCCUGAGUGCCACCAACCUUCAGCCUUUUUGGUUUGUUGAAGUUGCUGAUGUUCUUUUUUGAAAACUCAAGUUUCCAAGACCUCUCCUCUUGUCCUUUUCUCUGUUUUGGGAAGGUACUACUUCCCAGAGUGGAUCUGGAUGCACCUAUUUGGGAAGGUAGAAACAGAACUGUUUUACCUGCAGGACUCAGUAGCUGAUCAUCAUCCUAAACAUCAAGAGACUGAAAAGGAGCUUAAGCCCCUAAACCAUCUGGAAGUAAGAGUAUUAACACAUUAAUGGGUUAUUAGGAAGUAUUAAAUUGCAAGACUGAUUGUAAAAUACCUGUGAGGGCUCAGCUCUUUCUGGGUAAC